AAGGCGUGGGCGCGAAAAGCCCGGUGGCGAGCCUAUGUAAGCAAGAGAAGGAACUGCUUGAGUUCCGGAGGUUAUACCUGCCCCACCGAAGGGAUAAAGUGAAAAGAGGCACCACUGAAGAGCGGAUGGGAGAAGAGUACGAGAGCAGUUGUGCAUGAGUCUGCAGUAACUGUGGUCACAGAGCUAUUGCAUCGUUUGCCCUCUCAUACUUUUUUUUUUGGUGUAAAGUUGUGUUGUAGUGUUUGGCAUCUCCUGGUAAAUCUGCACGAGUGAAGAGUGCUGAAGGAUUGCAAUAAACUGAACUGUUGCAUCUGCGUCCCUUGAAAGAAGGCAGAAGACAGAUUUUUUUUUUCAACCAUGACGAGCCAGGCGUUUUCCCCAGAGGCUGCUUUCCCUCAUGGGAGGCGGAGGGAGAAAUGGGACCCCAGGCUUCUUUCAAGGGCAAGGAUUUACUUGGGAAAAAGCGCGAAUGUCUCCAGGCCUACAGCUGGUGGAGAACACCGCAGAAGAAGCGGAAGAAAAAGAACAAAAUAAAACCAGGAAGAAUAGAGUUUGUUAGUGCUACUACUACUACCAGCAGUACAGUCAGACCGGAUUAUUCAAUAUUUGUUGGGGAGCUUACUCCAGAAGUGGAUGAUUUCCAGCUCUAUGACUAUUUCCUAAAGAGGUAUCCCUCAUGUCUUGACUGCAAAAUAGCAACGGACCUGCUGGGAUAUUCCAGAGGGUAUGCCUAUGUCAGAUUUGGUGAGCAAGGUGAUCAGAUGAGGGCACUGCAAGACUGCCAGAAUGCACCAGGUCUGGGGGGAAAACGAAUCCGGCUGAGCAUAGGAAUUUCUAAAAGACUGAAAGCAGAAUUCCAGCGGUACCAGUCGUACAACUACAAUGAUUAUUACCAGGAUUAUCAGAACUACUACUCACAGUGGAAUUAUGAUGCAUAUGCUGAGUAUAACUACAACUCCUAUGCUGCCUAUGAUAGCAUGCAAGCUAUUGGGGACUGCUCUUUAGGAGAUGCUGUUAUGGCCCCAGCUGUGUUUGAGGAAUCUUCGGCUAUGGCUGAAAUCAGUGAUGACCUGCUUACUGAAGAUCCACAGUUGUAUUUGGAUGUUGAUGAAAUGAACAGACAAUUUAUGGAGACAAGUGAAGAACUCUAUGAUUCGCUUAUGAAUUGUCACUGGCAACCUCUGGAUACGGUCACUUCUGAAAUCCCCUCUGCUAUUUAAGUGUCUUAUAUAGCAUGGCCGUUAUGACCAAGGGAUGCUCUGGACCAACCGCUUCUUUCUAGCGCUACCUCAAAGUAACGUGCAGAUAUAACUCACAGGGAAGAUUGAUCAAAUGGUGAUGAUCAUUAUCAUACUGCUGGAUGCAUAUAUAUUUGCCUUUUUGUUUUGGCUCACUUUUAGCAACAAUUAACCUAAGUGACACAUGUUAAUGGACACUGACUACAUUUGCAAACAUUUCUGAGUCAUGAGUGUCAUUAAAGGCCUGUCACUGUUUAGAAAUUGUUCUAAAUAAGAAAAAUGGAAGCAAAAUAAAUAAAGCAGCAUUUGAAUUUACGGAGAAAA